ACUUAUUUGCUGCUGUCAAAACUGUUAUUCUCUUGUCGUCGCAGCUGGCAAUCUGCGAAAAGUAUUAAAUCAAUUAGAAGUUUUUCUACAAAUUUCUCGGUUCGUUCAAUGAAUGCUCGAUUUACUGUGUUCGAAUAGAAGCGGAGAAUAACAAAAAAGACAUGGCAGGUUUAGUUCAAGACUGCUUUUCAAUCGGAAGUACUGUAUCUUGUACAACAUGUUACAGCCAAAAUAUAGAAGGCGAAGUACUGGCAUUUGAUCAACUCACAAAAAUGUUGAUCUUGAAAUGUUCUUCGGCAAGCGAAACAUCCUCGUUAAAUGACGUAUACAUCGUUAAUUUAGCGCUUUGCAGCGAUGUUCAAGUUAAGAAGGAAGUUAACACUAUACCUGAUCCCCCACAGUCACUAAAUCUACAACGCUUAAGCACACGUGUUCGAAAUCAAGUUGAACGUAAAAAACGACAGGUUUCAGCCCUGGCUGCGGGAGUCAGUCAAGAAGGACAAAACCUAUUUCUUGCGAUAGCGCGAACGAUAAAUCAGGUAACAUGGUCAGGACCGAAUAUAGUGGUGUUCCAAGAUGUUACUAUUGCGCCCCCAUAUAAGAUAGAUAAUGUAAAUGGAUCUCCCGAUUCCCGACAGUUGACCUACGUGAAAAAGAUUGUCGAAAAACAUUUGAACGAUCAAGCAUCUGCCAACACGAAUUUGUCAUCUACUGUUACUACAAAACAGUAAUUUAUGCGAUUGUGUGUAUUUGUUUGAACAUCAUUGUAUUUCCGAAUGACGCAAAAUAAAUCUGUGAAAUCAA